GGGGUGGAAGGAAAUUAAUUAAAAAUUAAAUCAUCAAAAAUGGUGAGAGGGAAAACUCAGAUGAGGCGCAUAGAGAACACGACGAGUCGUCAGGUGACAUUCUCAAAGAGGAGAAGUCUGCUAAAGAAGGCCUUUGAGCUCUCAGUUCUUUGCGAUGCUGAGGUUUCCCUCAUCAUCUUCUCUCCCAGAGGAAAACUCUACGAAUUUGCAAGUUCCAGCAUGCAGGGAACCAUAGAGCGUUAUCAGAAGCAUGCGAAAGACAAUCAAACCAACGACAAAUCCAGUUCCAGUGAACAAAAUAUGCAGCAUCUGAAGCAAGAAGCAACUAGCAUGAUGAAGCAGAUAGAGCUUCUUGAAGUAUCAAAACGGAAACUCUUGGGAGAGGGUCUAGGAUCAUGCACUCUUGCAGAAUUACAAGAAAUAGAAGACCAGUUGGAGAAGAGCGUCUACAACGUCCGAGCCCGAAAGAGUCAGGUUUUCAAGGAACAGAUUGAGCAACUGAGAGAAAAGGAAAAACUCCUCACAGCUGAAAAUACAAGACUGGUUGAGAAGUAUGGUAGUUUCAAGAAAACAUUGCACGAGCGAAGAGAAAAGACACCUUACAAUGAAAGUAGUACAAGCUCGGAUGUUGAGACUGAAUUGUUCAUUGGACUGCCGGAAAGUAGGGCGAGGCGCUAGCUUCCAUCCUAGAGAGCCGACAUUAAUAUAACCUAAAAUCCAUGAAUGAGCAGAUAUAUUCUUUCUGUAGUUUCAGAUUGUUUUUUUGUCCUGCAUUAGAUUGUUGCUCCACUAAAUUAACAUUUCAGUGGAGCUCUGGAAGUAAUCACAACUGUAUUGUAAGAGGGAUCAUAUUGUCUUCUUGGAAAUGAUUAUGAUGCAUAUAUAUGGACUGUUUGAUUUUUG